AUGGAAGCGAUACUUGCAAUCAAUGCAGAAGGAGCAGCGGCACAAGAGGAUGAAAUUGUCUUACACAAUUUGCAAAAGUUGACGCUUUACAAUCUACCAAACCUCGUGAGUUUUUUUCGCCAAACAAAUAGUUCGGCUUCAGAAAGCAGUCCUCAUAUCCGAGCACAUGAACCUCUGUUGUUCGAUGGAAGGAACUCACAAGCUUCUACCAAGGGAAUUGUACUUUAG